UGUUUGCUAGUCAAUAUAUAGUGUUAGGGUUUAGAUCCAAAUUAGUUUCCUAGUCUUCAAUUCAAUUUAAAAAAGACAAAAAUGUCUGAUAUACCAAGAAUUAAAGUACAUGAAAUGGGGAAUGGUACAACACACCCUGUGCUUAGUUCGAUGGCAUUAGCAUCUUCUUCAGCGUCAGUAAAUUUGGAGGAGAGAAGAAAAGUAUUGAGGAAGCAAAGAAGUCGCACACGCUCAAGGAAAUAUGCAGUUGCGCCACAGGAUACUCUGAUACAGCCAAGGCGAUUAUCAACCAUAGCUAAUAAAAAUUCACAAAUAUCUUUUGCCGAAGAUCGGAAACCGCGAAAACGGAGGUCUAUGUCGCGUUCCGUUUCAGCUUCAUCAGCAGAUAGCUUCAGUUCAGGGUCUUAUUCCAGUUCAGAUGAAGAAGAUGAUAUUUCACCAAGAGAAAGAAAUCAGGUGAAUUCUCAAGGAAUAUUCUCAGACUUCUGCAUCAGGAAUAUCAAACAUGCUGAUUUUGGACGUCGUGAGAUAGAAAUUGCCGAACAAGAAAUGCCAGCUUUGAUGGAUUUACGCCGUCGUGCUCAGAGCGACAAACCUCUACAAGGGGCUAAAAUUGUGGGAUGUACGCAUAUAUCUGCUCAGUCAGCGGUGCUCAUUGAAACUCUCAUCUGUCUUGGUGCAAAAGUGAGAUGGUGUGCUUGUAACAUUUAUUCCACACAGAACGAAGUCGCCGCUGCUUUGGCAGAAGCAGGGCAUCCAGUCUUUGCUUGGAAGGGUGAAGAGGAAGAAGAUUUUUGGUGGUGCAUCGAAAAAUGUAUCACUGCUGAUGGUUGGCAACCUAAUCUGAUCUUGGAUGAUGGUGGCGAUCUUACUCAUUCCAUUAUCAAAAAAUAUCCAUCUAUAUUCAGAGCUGCAAAAGGAAUUGUUGAGGAGAGUGUGACUGGUGUCCACAGAUUAUAUCAACUUGCAAAAACGGGAAAACUCGCCAUACCAGCCAUGAAUGUGAAUGACUCUGUCACCAAGCAAAAAUUUGACAACUUAUACUCGUGUCGUGAAUCCAUUCUAGAUGGUUUGAAACGAACUACUGAUAUGAUGUUCGGUGGAAAACAAGUGUUGGUGUGUGGAUAUGGAGAAGUAGGAAAAGGUUGUUGUUCUGCUCUUAAAGGAAUGGGAGCAAUUGUGUACAUUACAGAAAUCGAUCCGAUAUGUGCAUUACAGGCAUGCAUGGAUGGAUUUCGUGUCGUUCGUCUAAAUGAAAUGGUCAGAACUGCAGAUAUUUUCAUAACAUGUACAGGCAACAAAAAUGUUAUUACAAGAGAAUCUCUAGACAAAAUGAAGAAUGGUGCUAUUAUAUGUAAUAUGGGGCACAGUAACACAGAAAUAGAUGUGGCAAGUUUGAAGACGCCCGAAUUAACGUGGGAAAAAGUACGCUCACAAGUUGAUCAUGUUAUAUGGCCAGACGGAAAACGCAUUGUGUUGCUUGCAGAAGGUCGUCUUCUCAACUUAAGUUGUUCCAGUGUCCCCUCCUUCGUUUUGUCUAUAACUCACUGCACACAAGCACUUGCGUUAAUUGAGCUGUUUAACUGUCCAGAUGGUAGAUAUCAAAGGGAUGUUUAUUUACUUCCAAAAAAGAUGGAUGAAUAUGUUGCAAGUUUACAUUUGGCUACAUUUGAUGCCCACCUCACUGAACUUACAGACGAACAAGCAAAAUAUCUCGGAUUUAAUAAGUCAGGACCUUUCAAACCAAACUAUUACAGGUAUUGAAGUAUUCCGCAAGAUUCCUGUUUCAUAGCAUCGCCUUCAUAUUAUAAAGUCGUCCCGUCAUAAUAACACUUGAUUGUCUAUUAUAAAAAAUGGCUGUUGUAAUUUCGUCUUGCCAACUUCAUUUGGAAGAAUUUAGAUUUAAGAAUUUAGUUAGUUUAAUAUAAUUGUUCAUCUCUUCAAUUAUCAACUCUCAGUGUCAAGUUUCCAGCAAUUUACAGUAAUAUUGGCAAUGUUUGCCUCAACUAAUCUUUCUUAUGUAGUGCUGAAAUAUUCGUUUUUCCUUCAUUAUAUUGCGGUGUUAAAAUUGGCUUGAAAAUGUGCUGGGAAUACAUAUUUAUAUACAGUG